AUGUACUUCGAUGAUGACCUGUUGAGCGGCGCGCAUGCCCAGGAAACUCAUGCUGACAUCGGCGCAGGCGCACCUGCGGCAGACUUCGAAGACGGCAUCCCCUUCGGCGAUGCUGGCUCAGGCGCCGCUCCUUCCUCUGUGGAGACUUUGCACUCUUCGAGGAGAAAGCGCGGCUCGAGGGGCGGCUUGGCCUCUCGACCCAACCCUGCUGACCAGAAAAGAUGGAGAUCGGGUGCGGUCCCUCCUCCACCAACGUUCAGCGGGGACAUCGAGGCCGAUCCCUACUGUUUUCGGCACUACAAGCGGAGAUUGCUCAGGUGGGUGGAAAUCACCAAGGAGUACCUACCUGGGAACGAGCAAGCUUUGCGAGCUCUUGAACACCUCAAAGGUGAGGCGGAGAUCGAAAUGGAAGAAAUGGAGGAUACUCGGUACAACACCGACGGGGGCAUCUCGCUCCUCCUGCAGGACCUUGAGCGCAGCUUCGGCGCAAAGGAGAUGUUCCGCCAGGGCGGCACGAUCCGGGAGUUUGAGAACGUGGGCAGGCUGCAAGGAGAAAGUGUGCAUGCGUUUGUCCGUCGUUUCAGACUCUUGGAGCGCAAGCUCAAGGACAACCAGGUCCCCGAGUACCCGGAGCAGGCAAGAGUAAUCAAGUUACUGGAUGGCUUGCGCUUGGAUGAGAAGAGCGUGGCCUCUCUGCUCCUGGCCGCGGGUAACCGGUACGACAUGCGAGCUAUCCUCAAUGCUAUUUCCAUACAGUACCCCGCCGGUCUAACCAUCACGGGAAUGCCUCGCCUUCGGUCAGACCGAAGAGGACGAGGCCGCGGCACUUCAUCUUCGACGGCCUCCUCAUCGGCGUCUUCUACAAGGUCGGGGCUACCUUCACGGAAGUGGCGUCACUGGAAUACGAACUGGGAGGACUAUGCCGACGAGGAAAUGGCGGAUGCUGAGGAAUCUGUUCUUCCUCCUGUGGACGAGGAUCCUCCUCCGGAACCUCAAGGUGACGAUCCUGGAGAAGGACAAGUCUACGACGAGGACUAUGACUACGGCGAGCCCGACGGCGAAGGCGACGAAGGCCCCGAUUGGUCUCACCACGAAGAGGAGACCUAUCCCGAGGACGAGGAUUGGGGCAGCUUGGUCCAGGCGCUCACCGUGACGAGCAAACGGUUGGCAGGACUGGUCCAGGCCCGCGGCUACUACCAGACCGAAGGCAAGGGCAAGAAAGGCAAGGGCAAGAGCAAGGGCCGCGGUAAAGGUCGCGGCAAGCCCGGUGGCAAGGCUUCGGGCAAGUCCUUCCCUUCUUUCGGCAAGGCCUCCGGCAAGAAGGGCUCUGGCUUCAAGGGCAAGGCCAAGACGACGGACCCUGCUGUUCACCAGCAAAGGCUGCAGGGCAGCCUGUGUUUGGGAUGUGGAGCGUCGGAUCACUGGCUCAAGGACUGCCCUUCGUACAACGUCCAGAAUGCUCAGAUCGCCAGCGCUUCCUUCGAAGGCUUGGUGCUGGAUGCGGAUGGCGUUGCAGCUUCUUGGAUGGUGAGCGCCAAUGAGCCUCUUCAGGAAGGCACUACUGAGGAAAAGAGCUUUCAGCACUUCUUCCAGGCCCCUCCGCUUUCCGAGUUUGAGCCCUCUGUACCUGUCGGUCCCAGUAUCUUGUUGCAGUACUACCAGGGCAGCAGUUCGGCUUACAUCAUCGCGGAUACGGGUUGUCAGAGGCAGGUAGCAGGGGCUGGUUGGCAUGCUCAGAAGUGUCGAGAAAUCCAACCUCUUCAAAGGCUUGAGUACCCGGACAUGUGCAAGUUCAGCUUUGGCCCCAGCGAGGCUUUGGCGAGUCAGGGAAGGUUUGUAUAUCCGGUUGCUAUUGCAGGCACACCUUUGGCUAUGAGCGUGAGCUCUGUGAAUGCGAAGGCCCCGGCUCUCAUGUCCCGUAAAGCUUUCGAGGCCCUUGGUGCUGUACCGGAUGUUCUUUGUGGUACCAUGUACUUUCGAGCUUUGCAGUGCACUACGCAGUUAUGGCUGUCACCAUGUGGUCACCUGGCUGUGAGACUUGAUGAGUGGGGUGAUGAUCCUUUCGUUUGGCCCCCCGAGUACAUCCCUCCUGCUUUGCCUGAUGUUAUCUACUCGGGCAGCUUUGAGAGCUCGAACUCUUUGAAGACCAUCGAGCUUCCUGCCCGACCCGUUCCUCAUGCCUCCGCCAACAUGGCUUUUGCACUGGCGCAACAUGCUGAGGAACCUCCUGAACUUCGUCUUCUACGUCAAGCAGAUGGUGAUCAUGUACUCGGCCACGACCUUGCACCCCGCUCUCAAGGACAGAGUACUGCAGACGCACUUAGUGCCAAGCUCAGCGGCGACCCUCCUGUCAACCACGGCGGCCAUGGCAGCCCAGGAGUCACUGCAAAGCCAACGCAAUGGCAUGGCUCCGAGAGCGACCGCAUGAGUACCGGCACGGGCAUCUACCACGAGGACAUGGACUGGACGACUCCCCCGGAACCAGAGCCCGAUUGGAGCCAAUGGCAGGAGCCGAAUUGGGUGCUGGAUCCUCACGACCGGGAUCAACUGGAGGGCUCCGAGGGCGAGGAGUUCGACCCCAACGACCUCAUUCCGGAGGAUCAGACGGACGACGAGGACAACCACGCCUUCGACAAGGAUUUUGGGGCCUUUAUCGUCAAGAAAGAAGGACUGGCCAAGCGGGUCCGAGGCAACGAGCGAGCCCUGGCCGAUGCGUGGAACCUCGAGAAAAGGGCCUACGAGUACCGUGCCCACCGAGCACGGGAGGUACGAAGGUACCGAUCGGACAUUGUGGAGAUCUACGGUGGCCACGCCGAGAUCACCUACGAGGCCCUUGCACAAGGUCUGCGAGUGCUUCAACCGGUGGAUCAAAUCCAUGGCAUAUCUUUGUGUACGCCAGCAGACUUUUCGACCCUCCGGUCCCUUCUACUGAAGCACAAGCCUUUCGUUACGGUGUUCGAGUUCCCCUGCACCCUGUGGUCCAAUGCUCAGUACCUCAACUAUGACCAAGCCACUCUCGACCAGAUGCGUGCCAGUCAGACUUCGUGGAUCAAGGGAAUGGUGGAUACCAUAUUCGCCUUGCACGCCGACUUCGGUGGACACUUCAUCCUGGAGAACCCGGCGUACACGGCUUUCUGGCAGCACCCGGAGAUCCUCAGGCUACAUCAGCUGCCCCGUGCCGAGCUUCGUGUGGGACACAUGUGUUGCUAUGACCUCCGAGGCAAGGACGGCCACCGUCUCAAGAAGCCUACGGGCUGGCUUUCUGACUUGCCCAUCCUUCUGGAUUAUGUCAGUCGUCAAUGCCCCGGUCCCGAACAUCAUGUUCAUGGCAAAGUCCUCGGAGGAAACUCAGCAAAGUCACAAGUGUACACCCCGAAGUUGGCGAGAGCUAUGAUUUAUGGACUUUGCGAGUGCUUGAAGGAGUCAUGGCUUCCGCUGCUGAAGGAGGCCGAAGCGCAGCUGAAAGACAAGGUCAGACCGGAUCGAGUGAUCCCUCUGAACACCCCGUUCGGUGAGCAACUCAAGGCCCUGGUUCCUUGGAAGAUUCUCCGAGUACAAAUUUGUCGGACCCCGAUGCAACGGCGACUUCCGCUUGAAGUGCUUCAAGCUGGGGCCCAACACAGAGGAGCUGCUCUGUGGCUCAGUGACGGCUCCGUGGUCAUUGAGGCCGAGGCGGUCAGCCGAAUCCUGGCCCAGUCGUCAGGCCGGUUCACCUCGCCUAUCCGGGUGGCUGUGUUCUUCUUCGGCGUAGCUCCAGCUUCGAGUUUGAACGAAACCGAGAAUGAGCGCCCCGAGGCCCAGGUCAAGACUACGGACACGGGAGAGAUUGAAGAGACGGAGGUCAUGAGGCUGCACACCAACCUGGGACACCCGUCGACAGCAACUAUGGUUCGGCCGGCCAAGCCGUUUACAGCCAGACGCUUCAACGACAGGCUGAAUCUCGAUGUGUUGUGGCUUCGAGACAUUUCAGGUCGCGCUCACGGAUACUUGUCUCAAGUCGACGAGGCGACCAGCUACCACGUCCUCAACUACAUGCGAGACAGGUCUGAAGAGGAGACUAUGCGCCUCCUCAUCAACGGCUGGUUUGCUUUCUUUGGACCACCAGACGAAUUGCUUCUAGACUCGGAUGGAAGCUUUCGUGGCUUCCGCUUCGAAACUCUACAAGCCCAAUGCGCCAUCAAGGUCCGCUAUGCCCCGGCAGACGCCCACUAUCAAAUGGGCAAGGUGGAGCGCCAUGGACAGAGCGUCCGCUACAUUGUGCAGCGCUUGGUUUCUCAGUUUUCACCUAUGGGUCCGGAGGAACUGAAUGUCAUUGUCAUGAUGGCCGUGGCAGCAAAGAACAAUUUGAUGCGGCGGGCCGGAUCCUCACCGGCUCAAUGGGUCUACGGUCGCAACCACCGCGUCCCGGGAUCCCUUCUGAGUACAGGUGGCAGCAUUGAGAGUUGCUCCAUCCAUGACGACAGCAGCCGGCUCCGCCUCGUUGAGCAGAUCCGCACUCGUGCAAUGAUGCUCUUUCAUCAGUUUGAAUCGGAUGCUGCACUUCGCCAUGCCUUGCUUCGUAAACCACGCCCAGCUCGCGGUCCAUUCGUGGAAGGACAGCGCGUGGCAUAUUACAGGGCUAAAAACUCAGCGGAUGGAGAAGGAACCCUUGAGGGGUACAGGCAAGGUGUGGUGGUGGCGAUCGACGGCUCCACAUUGUGGAUUCGCAACACUCGCGGCCGGCUGGUCUCAGCUUCCAAAGAGCAGGUUCGUUCCGUUGGUGGCGAGGAAGAGUGGUGGGCACCAAGUCAAGCCGACUUGGACCUCCUUAAAAAGUCUGACCAGGAUUUGGCCGACAAGUACUCUAACCUCGCCUUUCGCGCCAAUGCACCAGCUGCUGUGGGGGCCGAUCAGGCGGUUGCGGCCGAGCUCGACUUCCAGCUCCGAGCGCCUUCUCCGGCACCCCGAGCUCUUCUGGAUCAGGCAGGUCAACCUGUGUUGGAUGCCGAUGGACAACUGGUGCCGGCUACUCCAGCUCCGCCGAUGAUGCCUCCCUCGCGCUUCAACCGGUUCCAGAACAACAGGCAUUACCGCUUCCAGAACAACAGGCAUUACCACCUCCAGAACAACAGGUGUCGUCAGAGUCCGCUGGUCACAGACGGUCGUCCCAAGGCACUUCAGCUCUACAGCGUGACCUGGAGGGUACGAAGCGUUCUGCUGAUGUACUGCCCGAACCGCGAGCUCAAGGUCUGCCCAGGUGAAUGGCGUCGACUCCUGUUCAAGAUGUCUCAGUACUCGUACGGUGAGUUCGCCUAUGCAUGCAUCACCAAAGCCUCUCAACAUCACCGACACUUGGCUGCUUACGUCCUCGACUACAUGAGGCACCACGGCAUGCGAGGCCAAGCGACUUCGAUCUACAUCUCCAAGAAUGCCCCCGCCAAGUGCCAUCGUGACUCCCAUAACCUUCGGGGAUCCUUGAACUGGGUGUCUUCGGUGGGCAGUUUCAGUGGAGGAGAUCGCUACAGUGUGGUGGUCUACACCAGCCGCAUGCUUCCCGAGACAUCAACCUCGGUCCAGCGGCGACUUCGGAAGAUGGGAUUCGUUCUAUCGGCCCGGACAGCCGAUGUGUGGCAGGUGGAUGAGGACGAGCUUUUCCCCUGGCUUGGCGAGACUAUGGCAGAAGCCUAUCCGGCACGUGCGUGGCAACCGCCAGGCGAGGGAGAGACCAUGGCCAUGGACACGUCAGGAGAUGACGCUCAUGACGGCGCCCAAGAACCUCCUUCACGAGCUCAACGACAAGCGCUAAAGAAGGAGCUACCCUGGCAGGCCAUGAGUGAGUCCGAAGUGCCACAGUUUGUCCAGGCGGUCCUGGAUGAGUGGUCCGAGUGGAAGAAAUGGUCCAGCUGUCGGCCUGUCUAUGUCGAUGUGGACAAGAUCGACCCCUCGCUGAUUCUGAAGGUACCUCUGUUCAGUGGAGAUUGUAAAUCGGCCUUCCUGCAGGGAGCACCAGACGAAGAACGACCGCAGGCCAUUUACAUGAAGGCCCCGUGUGACCCAGUGAGCAAACAAGCAGUCGAGGAAUGGUCCGAGGCGAGCUUGUUGUAUAAACUGUCUGCUCCGGUUUAUGGACAAGCGAAUGCGCCGAGACGCUGGUACAUCCAUGUAGCUCGUACCCUUACCAGUCUGGGCUGGGUUGCUCACACGCUAGAUCCAUGUCUAUGGUUGUAUCGCGAAGAAGUAGAUGGCGUCAUGAAGGUGACCGGCGUGCUGGGCGUUCAUGUCGACGACAUGAUUAUGUCAGUACUCCAUGGCCGGGAAGCGGCUCUGGAAGCCCUCAAGAACUCCUUCGAAUGGGGCAGCGCCUGGGAGUCUAAGGAGUUCACCUUCGUGGGACGCCACAUCAAGCAGCACGAGGACUGGUCCCUCACGGUCGAUCAGGCGAGCUACGUGGCCGAGGUCCCCAUCACCAAGAUCAACAUGUCGGCCGAGGAGAAGCUCAGCGACCACCCGGAACUGAUCACCGAGUUCAGGUCCGGCAUAGGCAGCCUUCAAUGGAUGGCGGGCACUACCCGGGGUGACAUCGCGGCAGACACCUCGCUGCUGCAAAAACCCCCCAGCGAGCUGACCGUUGCCGAUCUUCUGGAGGUUAACAGCGUUCUCCGGUACGUCAGGGCGACGAGCGACGCCUAUUACAAGCUGAUCCCGAUCGACUUUGCGGACAUGCUCCUCAUCGCGUACGGCGACUCGGCCUGGGCGAACGCCCCCGGAGGCAAGUCUCAGGGCGGCUUGGUUGUAGUUGCUACGAGCAAGCAAGUUCUCCAGACGCCUCAGAAGGCUUCACUGCUGGAGUGGAAAUCUUACCGCCACCAGCGAGUCUUGCGCUCAACGCUGGCUGCGGAAGCGGCAUCCUUGGACAAGGCCGAGGACUACGGGAACUUCCUGGCAACCAUGCUGUCCGAAAUGGUGGACGGUCGAUACACGGCCACUCUUCGUGAGGUGCCGAUCAUCGAGGUCUUGCCCGUCACGGACGCGAGAAGCCUAUGGGAUGCCAUACAUAGGCUCAGCACUACUUUCGCGGAGAAGCGCGUCGAGAUCAGUAUCGCCACUCUUCGGCAGCAGUGCAGGCUGUUGCGAUGGGUGCCAACUGAGCAGCAGCUGGCCGAUGUCUUGACCAAGAGAUCCAGGUCUCUAAGAGACGCUUUCCGGAAAUGGAUGAGCGAUCCUUGGGUUACUCUUGUGGAGAGCCGAGCCCCCACGGACAUAGAUCCUAAUGGAGCCAACGCUGCCUGGCGCUGA